CUUUUAAAAAUUGUUAUCUUAAAGUAAAAGGUGGAUUAAUGAUUCAUGGAGGCUGGCUUGGCAUUGUAUUCAUAAUAAAGCUAUGAAUUGCCACUUUAUAGAUGUUAUAUGGACCCUAUGAUGAUAAACCAACAAAUUAGCUCAGAAUAAGAAGUGAUUUAACACUUUUAAGCUUUCUAUCUAAUUCAUAUCUAUUUAUAUCUCUCGUAAGUGUAUUUAGCAUUCUAUCAAAACUUCACUCACCUUACAACAACUGUAGAGCAACUGUUCAGUCUUGGUUGAAAAAAAAGAAGAGAAAGAUGGAUCUUGAUUCAAAUCCAACAAUCUCACAAGCACAUCCCGAGACGAUGGACUUCCUUUCGCGCACUUGGUGCAACUUUGCAGUUCAAGCGUUCCAGCCGGAGAUGCAAGACCAAGCUCUCAUUCUACAUGAAAACUCAAUCAAGAAUUUAAACAUUGACAAUAAACCUCCUCUUCCUAAAAUGGAGAAGAGCAUGAAGAUGGAUGAUGCAGAUAAUUCAAUUCCACCAUGGAAAUCCAACGAUGUCAAGUCGUGGAUAUGGAUGCAGCAAGCCAUGCAUCCAGAGGUGAACUACAACAGCUAUUUCCAGAAAAAAUGGAUGCCAUGGAAAAUAGGACCACUAAAGAAUGUGUCAAUCAAGAAAUGGAUCAAAGAAAUUAAGCAGAAGAGGAAAGAAGAAAAGAGAUUACAGAAGGCUGAAGUACAUGCAGCGAUAUCAGUGGCAGGUGUUGCAGCUGCCUUAGCUGCCAUCGCUGCUGAAAACUUGAACCAUGAUCAGUCAGGGAGUACCAAGGAGUCAGCUGUGGCCAGCGCAGCUGCACUAGUUGCAGCACAAUGUGCAAAAGUGGCAGAAGCUAUGGGGGCAAAACGGGACCAAAUCAGCAGUGUGAUCGGCUCAGCCAUGACCGGCACAAGUGCAAGCGACAUUCUGACACUUACAGCUGCAGCUACAACUUCACUCAGAGGAGCAGAAACACUCAAAGCAAGAUCUGGCUACAAGAAUAUUUUAAAUGGAAGCACACCAGUUCUCCCAAUUGAAGAUAGCAACGACUACAACUUUAACUACGAGAAAUGCAGAUCAAUUCUCUCCAAGGGGGCAGACCUCUAUAUUGAAAAAUCAGAAGGAAGAUCCAAGCUAAGGUCGGUGUCCAUUGUCUUAAAUAGUGAAGCCAAGGUUAUCCUAAGAACAAGGAAGCCAACUAUGUUGAAGACCUUCUCAAGUCAAACGGAAAGUGUCGUAUUAGACCUACAUGCCGAGCUGUAUAAGGAUUCAAAUGGAGCGGAAACUGAUAGCUGCUAUCUUAUUGUGCUAACAACAAACAGGGGAGUCAUCAAGCUAGACAUGAUGGAUGAUUACCAGCGAUACAGAAUGUGGUCAAUGACUAUUAACCAAAUGCUGACACUCUCUACUUCAUUUACAAAAUAUGAGCUCCAAUAUUACAAAAGCUAAUCUUAAUAAAGAUUUGUGGCAUCAGCAUAUUUUUCACAUGAGUUUUUUUGUCAUGUAUAGGUUUUAGUAUUUAGCAACUUCAAAGUUGUCAAAUCUGUUAAUAGUUACAUAUCGUGUUCUUGUUUUUCUAAUAAGUUACAUGUUUGUUGAUC